CAUAAUUGAAUGGUGCAAAAGAAAAUAAAAAAAGAAAAGCACGGUGUGCGCUUGCGCUUCAGUCUUUGCCACUGCAAAACCAACAACACACAUUGGAGGGAGAGGAGAAGAGAAGAGAAGAGAAGAGAGGAGAAGAGAAGGGGAAGCAAAAACGAAGAAAAACCCUCGAAAGGUAAAAGAUAAAAAAGGGUUAGCAGAGGCAGAUAGAGAUAGAGAGAGGAAGAAUACAGAAAGGCAGAAGGGUGCGCACUUUAGCACCACGCCUUUCCAAUGGGAUUCCUCUCCCUUGCUCUUGUUCUUCCUCCGCCUCUAAUUCUGUUCUUCGUGCCCACGGCAUCCUUGCUUUGAUUCACACUCAAUAUUACGCACCACAUUCUCUAUCUCUCCAAUAAUAUCCCAUCCGCAAUUGAAUUCAAACACAGAACCCUAGAGUUUCGAAUUCCCAUUUUCUAAGAGGGGGAAGAGGAAGAGGAGCAACAUGUCGUGGGCAAUGAGAUUCUCCGGGUUCUUCUCAGCCGCAAUGCUGAUGAUAAUCCUCUCCCCUUCCCUGCAAUCUUUCCACCCAGCGGAGGCAAUCCGAUCUUCGCCGCAUCUGGACGGUUACAUCCGCCAGCCAGACCCACAGAACCGCUUCUCCUUCCGCAAGGCCUCUCCAUUCCGCAAUGCCGAGCAAUGCCGUCCCAACAACCGCACCCUAACCACCGUCUGCGACCCUUCCCUUGUCCAUGUUGCCUUAACCCUCGACCUCGAGUACCUCCGCGGCUCCAUCGCCGCCGUCCACUCCAUCCUCCAGCACUCCCUCUGCCCUGAGAACAUCUUCUUCCAUUUCCUUGUCUCCGACACCAAUCUCGAUUCCCUCGUUCAAUCCACCUUCCCGCAGUUGAACUUCAAGGUAUACUACUUCGAUCCCAAUAUCGUUCGCAACCUGAUCUCAACCUCCGUCAGGCAAGCCCUAGAGCAACCGCUAAAUUACGCCAGAAAUUACCUCGCUGACCUUCUCGAAACUUGCGUCAACAGAGUCAUCUAUCUCGAUUCCGAUCUGGUUGUCGUUGACGACAUAUCCAAGCUCUGGAGCACCAGCCUGGGCUCCAGGACCAUCGGAGCACCCGAGUACUGCCAUGCCAACUUCAGCAAGUAUUUCACGGCGGCGUUCUGGUCGGACCACCGCUUCGCGGGGACAUUUGAAGGGCGCAGGCCCUGCUACUUCAACACGGGGGUGAUGGUGAUGGAUCUGGUGAGGUGGAGGAGGGAAGGGUACACAAAGAGAAUAGAGAGGUGGAUGGAGGUUCAGAAGAGCGCACGGAUCUACGAACUCGGGUCCUUGCCGCCGUUCCUUCUUGUGUUCGCGGGACACGUGGCGCCCAUCGAGCAUCGGUGGAACCAACAUGGAUUGGGAGGUGAUAACGUUAAGGGAAGCUGCCGGGACCUCCACGCUGGCCCGGUGAGCCUCCUGCAUUGGUCCGGCAGCGGGAAGCCCUGGGUUCGCCUCGAUUCCAAGCGGCCUUGCCCCCUUGACGCUCUUUGGGCGCCGUUUGAUUUGUACGGAUACACUCACUGACGAUGUUGUUGAUUGUGAAAAUGAAGAUGAAUCAUUUCUGCGCCGAGAAGGUGGAAGACACGUAUGUUGCACAGCUUGAAAGGAUUGUCUAGUUGUCCAAAGUGAACGCAGCGAAGGGCCAGGAAGGGGGGCUACAAUCAAUCAACUCAAAGAAAGCAGUGUGUUUAAAAUGGGGUCAUUUCAUCAAAGGGCAUAUGCAUAUCUAAUCUUGCGAGCAAUCUGUUUCUGUGGAUUGAGGUGGCAGCUAAGCAAACUUGGCGGGGGUUCUCAGGGGAAACAAUGUGUUCUUCGGUGGCCGCGAGCGGCGGGAAAUUUGUGACAUGGGGUCAGAAAUAUAAAUAAAUUGAUAGAUAGAGGAUAUAUACUCUUAUUAUUUUUUUGUCCUUUGCACCCACCGCAUGCAUAGCUGGCAUUAGCAAUUGUUCUUGUGUUUCUGUUUUUACUCUUUCAGUUCCACCAUUAGAUUUUGGAUUUAAGCUUCUUCAUUUUCUCCCUUAAUACAAUAAAUGAAACUCGUGUCUAAUUCCACGAAUCCUGAGAUUGACACUGUUGGAUUGUUUUUAAUUUUAAAAGAUUGUGAUUUGUGAUA